AUGACAGGAGACUCUGGUGGCAAGAAGAAGGGAUCGGGAGGGUCUGCAAGCAAUGGAUUCAAAGCCUUGGGUCUCUCGGAACCGGUGUUCCAUGGGAUUGUUCGAAUGGGCUUUCGGAUGCCCACGCCAGUCCAGAGAAAAGCAUUGCCUGUGAUUCUGACUGGUGCUGAUGCAUGUGUCAUGGCCAGAACUGGCAGUGGCAAGACCAUUGCCUUUUUGGUGCCCUUAUUGGAGAAACUAUUAAAGUUAAAUGCCAGUCGGCAUCAACAAGCACCGCAACAAUCCUCCUGUCGCGCCGUCAUCUUAUCACCUACGCGGGAACUCAGCAUGCAAACCCUAAAAGUGCUCCACAAAUUGGCACAUUUUGCCGACCUUCGUGCAGUGGGCAUUCAUGGUGGAGAAGGAAUGGAAAAACAGUUUGACAUGCUGGCUUCCAAACCAGACAUUAUUGUGGCGACUCCGGGACGUUUGGCACACCACUUGACGGAAAUUCCAGACUUUGAUUUGACCAACUGUCAAAUGUGCAUCUUGGACGAAGGAGAUCGAUGUAUGGAAAUGGGAUUUUCACAACAGAUUCGACAAAUUGGAAGGACCAUGCCCGAAAACUGCCAAAAGAUCAUUCUCAGUGCCACCAUGCCCAAAGUGCUCGUGGAAUUCACAAAGUCGGGCUUUUGUACCGACCCGCAAGUGGUCCGAUUGGACACCGAAUGUAGUGUCAGCGAAGAGCUUCGAAUUGCCUUUUUGGCUUGUCGGAGUUCCGAAAAGGAUGCUGCACUAAUGCAUGUAUUGCAUCAGAUACAAGAAGAUCUGGAAACCAACGAUGCCUUACGGACUGGAUUGACCAUUAUCUUUGCCGCGACACGACACCAUGUCGAGUACAUACACUGUCUGUUGCAAGCAUCAGGGAUUUCAAGUACUCUUAUCUACGGAACGCUGGACCAAGAUGCCAGAAAAGCAAACCUAUCGGCAUUUCGAUCGGGGAAGAAGAGUGUGUUGGUGGUUACGGAUGUGGCGGCAAGAGGGAUUGAUGUUCCUUUAAUUGAUCAUGUUAUUCAUUAUCAUUUCCCACCCGAGGCGAAAUUGUUUGUGCACAGGAGUGGACGGGCAGCCAGAGCAGGGAGAAUUGGAUUCUGCUGGGGUCUAGUGGACCCGGAAGAAAUGCCCUACAUGGUCGAUUUACAUCUGUUUCUUGGGAGAAAACCAAUGAACGCCCCGGAAGGAAACGACAAUCUAUCGUAUUCACUGCAGGAAAUGACUCCUGAAAUGGUGCAUUAUGGAUCACUGCCGGUUUCCAUUCUGACGCAGGAAGUUGAGAACGUCCAUCGUAUCAUCAAUUCGGAAUUGGCUGGGUCGUUGGAAACGGAGUCGUUACAAUCACUCGCCAGAGUAUGCAACAAUGCUAUGAAACAGUACCGGAGAACACGGCCGGAGGCGUCCAAAGAUGGCGUUCGACGCGCCAAGGCCAUUAUGGAAGGAGCGCGCCUGGAGUCGGGGCAGCGGAUUGGGCAGGGGAGGAUUCCCACCCACCCUCUAUUGCGAGAUACAGAAGAAAAGGUGUAUCUUGCUACUGUUAAAGGCGCAGACGACGAGGAUAAGGAACAAACCUUGAGCAAUUUUCACGACCAUGAGAGCAUGUUGCAGGAGAUUGCUGCAUUUCGGCCCAAAGAGACUGUCUUUGAGGCGUUCGCCACUGGUGUUGGAAAGGAUGUUGGUGUUGCCAGUCAGGUGGACAGAGGGCGCACGACAAAUACCAAGAAAAACAAUUCAACGGCCGCGCUGUUUGCAAUGAAGAAUAUGCGACGUCAGAUGAAAACUGUCAGAAGCAAAGGGACAGCACUUGUUGUUGCAGGCAGCUCGACAGCACAAAAGCUGAACCAAGACGAGGAGGAGCCCGCCGAAUCGGAACAUAAGGACGCAUCCGAUGCAGGUGGAAAGAGUGUUGACAAAAGCAGCAACAAGGUUGACCAGGCGAGUGGCUCUACUCCAGAAAUCCGUCGUCCGAAGAAAUUUUUGUCCAAGGCGGAGAGACGAAAGCUAGCAAAGGCCAAGAAAUCUGGGGGAAACACUUCGAAUGCUGAGGCUCCCACGAGUAUUACUAGCAACAAACCGAAAAAACAGCAAACAGACUUUCGCGAUCCAGCAUUCUACAUUGACAACGACCUGACGUCCAACACUGAAGAAGCUCACAGGGCUCGCAAGAUUGAAGCAGCGAUGCAGCCUAGUGCAGGGAUGAAAGGUAUUAUCGGUGCCGCUUUCAGGAUUGAAGAAGCCAUGCUUGACGUCGUCGGAGACGAAAACGAAGAGUUGGUUCAAAAGCAAAGGAUGACUCGGUGGGACAAGUCAAAGCGAAAGUAUGUACAGACCACAGUCGGCGACGAGUUGCGGGGCGAGAGCAAAAGCAAGAAAACGAGGCUCGAAAGUGGUCAGCUAGUGGCGACCGAAAAAAUGAAGCUUGGGGAACUAUAUGCCAAGUGGCAGAAGAAGACGAAUCGCAGCAUCGGUAGAACCGGUGUCUUCGAUUCUUCUGAAGGCCCAUCGACCAGUGAGCAGUACAACAGUAGAGAAGCAAAGGGCAAGCAAGGCGCCGUCAAAUCAGCUGUUGAAAUCAAGAAGGAACGCGAAAAGAAGCAAAACAUGAAGAUCAAAAACAUGAAGAAAGAAGAUAGGAGACGUUUAGAGCAAAAGCAAAAGCGAGGUCAGGGGAAAUCAAACGAUGUUGGUCGACAGAAACCUCAAGGCAAGAAGCGCAGAUAG